CAUCCAAUCACAGCCCUGAACCACAACAUACUGAAAUCCUCACCAUUUGAUUGGUGUAGGCUGUUGGAGGCUGGUAGCAGCCUCUAAGGUUAAAGGCAGGGGAAAAAGUGCCCGUAUCAAACGCGGAAAGGGGAAGAAAACAGUCAGAACCAAAACUGUACAUUUUACCUUCAACGAGAAAUACCUUCAGACACAGUCGCGGGAAAAUACUUCAAAGACACACUCUAUCACCAUGCCAAAAAAGAAAGACAUUGUUAGAGGUGCUCCUGUAUCUCGAAUCCGAGAAAACUCAAGACUCAUGCACACUCAUGAAACUAUGGUGGAUUUCAUCAAUGGACGCCAUCCUCGAGACUCAAUUUUAGAUGUCUUCGCCUCUGGCUUAUUAGGUUUAGAUUUUUUAAGGACGUUUGAGGGAGAUUUGGACGAUGACAUCAUAUAUACUGAUGAUGACGAUGAUGAAGAUGAUAGCUUUUAUACACGCACUGUUUCUCACCGGUCUUUAGAACCACAUCCACGAAUUAAGCAACUCAGUGAAGAGGAGGCUGAUAAACAUGCAAAGGAAUUGAUAGAAGAUGAGGAAAAGCGUAAGGACAAAACUGAGAGGAACAAGCGUAAGAAAUUGCGUAAAAAACAAAAGAAACUGUUAGAAAAGGAAAAUGCAGUUAAAGACAAUUUACCUGAGGAAGAACAAGGGAAGUCAGACUCCUCAGAAAAUCCGAAAGACAAUCCUGUUUAUGAAAAUAAUGCAGAAGCAAGAGAAUCUCCUGAACCUGAUGCAACACACAAUGGCACUGUGGCGGCUGGAUAUGAAGAGAACAGUUGUAAUAAUGAAGAGGAAAAUCUCGAGGAGACGAUUACAAAAGAAGAAAAAAAGCAAAUGGAUUUGCAGGAUUUGAGUAUAAAUAAUUCCCACGCUUCUACGACGAACUCGGUGCCCGAGGUAUUGUGUAAUAAGAGGCCUGCCAGAGAGAGAAAAAAGAAAAACACUGAAUUACCUGAAGUCCAGCCGUCUGAGGAGGAACAAACAAAAAUUGUGGCGCAACCUGAAGUUCAAGAGAAGGAGGAGAAAUAUGAACCAAAUACAGAGAAACAAAUGGAUCCUAUUGCAGAAGAGUUAGCAAAAAGGAGCAGAGAGCUUGCUGGUAUGGGAAAUCGUAUGGCUGCCUCCAGUCAGUACGAGAUGGCCGUGAAAUGCUUUACAGAUGCCAUUAAAUACAACCCAAAGGAAUUUAAGUUAUUUGGUAAUCGGUCCCUGUGUUUUGAGAGAAUGCAGCAGUAUGAAAACGCUCUCCAGGAUGCUGACCUCGCUCUCUCCAUGGAGCCAAACUGGAUAAAAGGUUUAUUUAGGAAAGGGAAAGCUCUGUGUGGGCUCAAGAGAUACUACGAGGCCUCGCUGAUCUAUAAGGAGGUGUUGAAUCUGGAAAGUUCGAGCGCUGAAGCCACGCAGGAGCUGAAGCGAGCGCAGACGCUGCACCUGAUGGAGAUGGGCUUCAGCUGGGCGCAGAGCUCCGAGGCGCUGAAGACACACGGCACAUUGGAGGAAGCUGUGGAAGCUCUGUUCGGGAGGGAAGACGGUAAACUCUGUCCUGGAGGUAAACGUCAGGAAAUGUUUCCCACAGCUGGAAAACAACUGUCACUACAUUGUUCUGAUGUCGGGGCCAGUCGGGAGGACUUGGAGCCCCCUGUGGUGCAGGAGGAAGACGACGAUGAUGAGGGCGACUGGACCGUCCUCCAGGCAAGCCGUCCCAGAAUGCAACAGGUCAAGGAGUCUGAUGCUUUUGGCCACAGCAGAUCCAAUUCUCAGUCGCCUACGCCUCAUUCCAGGAAUGCAAUGAAACCAGAUCUUAUGUCUGUUUGGGUGGGAUCCUUAGCUCCGACUGUCACCUACUCCACCCUGCACGAGCUCUUCAGCCGAGCGGGGACGGUGUACAGCAUCAAGAUGCUCCUGGAGCAGCAGUGUGCCUUUGUGAACUACGCCAAAAAAGAAGACUGCGAUCGAGCUAUCCAGUGUAUCAAUGGCCUGGUGGUAGAGGGCGCUCCGCUCUCUGUGAGAUAUCCCAACAGAUUCACUGGGCUCGGGGCUCCCAGAUCAGCGGCCUCUGACCCCUACACACGCCCCGGCCUGUUCAAGAAGGAGUGUUUCUUCUGGAGGACCUCGGGCUGCACGAGGCAGGACUGCACCUUCAAACAUCUCCCCGGGAACAAGAACGUCGACAAGGACAAGUUCACCAGCAGACUGGGGAACUUUAACAUGUAGGAAAUCAAACAUGACAAGCAUGCAUUGAUUCCUUUGACUUUGGACACAAUGGUGGUGCCAAACCUGGGCUGACUUUAGUCGCCUUUGGUUCUUCUUGGUUUUGGUUGUAAAAAAAAAAGACUCCGAGACUGCACCAUGAAGGCCCACCAUUGUUGUACAAAUGCAAAGGACACCAAGCUAAAUAUACUAAUGCAUCAUAGUAAUAAUUAAUGUCCAUCAAGCUUUGAGCAUUCCUUUUGCAGUAGGACUUUUUCAGGGAUUAUUUGUGAUUCAUCUGUUUAAAGAUUGUGUUAAAAGACUUGAUUUUAAGUUGCUGCUUUGCUUUGUUUUAAGAUGUUCCUGUUGUUUCUUCAGUGACCACUAGAUGGCACUGUUACCUUUUACCUCAGCUACUAACACUUUAAUUGUAAAGGCUGUGAUAGAAGUAGUUAAGCUGUCAGCACAUUUAAUGCGCCAUGUUUGAUUUUGAAGCUGCUCUGUCAUUUUGAUGGCUGUGUUUGUUUUAUGUGUUUGCUGAUUAUUAUGUCAUUAUUGUUUAUGUUUUGUUUUGCCAUAUCUGUUGGAGAAGUACAGUGAUGUUUGGACACAAAAACGUGCCUUUUUAGUAGCACUUUAGCUGCAGUUUAUCACGGGGAAAACAGAGGGAAUUAAAGCCUCAACCUUA